AUGGGCUGUGCUCCCAGCAUCCACGUCUCGCAAAGCGGCGUGAUUUACUGCCGGGACUCGGACGAGUCCAACUCCCCGCACCAGACCACCACCAUCUCGCAGGGCACAGCCGCCACCUUGCACGGCCUCUUCAUCAAGACCGACGCGGCCGAUUCCAUCCCUUCGGUCCUCGCCUACCAGAGCCGACAGCCGCCGCCGCCAAACUGCCCGGCCCACCCGCGCAGGGAGCCCGCUGGCCGAGAAGGCAGGAUCGGAGUGCACCACUGCUGUGGCGUCGAGGCGGAGACCCAGACUAGCCAGACCAGCGUCAAGCAGGCUUCAACUACUGAGACAGAAAUUGGGCCCAUGAGACUGGCACAAGAUCCUAUUCAGGUGUUGCUGAUCUUUGCAAAAGAAGACAAGCAGAGUGAUGGAUUCUGGUGGGCUUGUGAUAGAGCUGGAUAUAGGUGUAACAUUGCUCGGACGCCCGAGUCAGCACUUGAAUGCUUUCUUGAUAAACACCAUGAAAUAAUUGUCAUAGAUCAUAGAAACUCCAGAUACUUUGAUGCAGGAGCCAUCUGUAGGUCAAUCCGUGCUACAAAGCCUGCUGAACAUACUGUAAUACUAGCUGUUGUUCCACAAAUGUCUGGUGACCAAGAAGAAGUGUCUGUCCUUCCUCUUCUCCAUGCAGGUUUUAAUAGGAGAUUUUUGGAGAAUAGUAGCAUCAUUGCUUGUUACAAUGAACUGAUCCAAGUAGAGCAUGGUGAGGUGCGAUCACAGUUCAAACUACGGGCUUGUAAUUCAGUGUUCACAGCACUGGAACACUGUCAUGAAGCUAUAGAAAUAACUAGUGAAGACCAUGUAAUUCAGUACGUUAAUCCAGCCUUUGAAAGGAUGAUGGGCUAUCAGAAGGGAGAGCUAAUAGGAAAGGAACUUACUGAGCUUCCAAAAAGUGACAAAAACCGUGCAGACCUACUGGACACAAUCAACACUUGUAUCAAAAGAGGAAAAGAAUGGCAAGGAGUUUAUUAUGCACGGAGGAAAUCAGGAGAUAGUAUCCAACAGCAUGUAAAGAUUACACCUGUGACUGGCCAAGGAGGGAAAAUCCGACAUUUUGUGUCUAUCAAGAAGCUGUGUUGCACAAACGACAGCAACAAACAGACCUACAAGACUCAUCGUGAUGAAAAGUAUGCAGGAGACCAGUUUCAGUCAGAGUCUCACUCCUUCAGAUGCAAGAACAGGAGAAAAGAAUCCAUUGAUGUCAAAUCAAUAACCUCUCGAAGCAGUGAUGCCCCAAGUUUACAGAAUCGUCGGUAUUCGUCAAUGGCAAGAAUCCACUCCAUGACAAUAGAAGCCCCAAUCACAAAGGUCAUUAAUAUAAUAAAUUCAGCUCAAGAAAACAGCCCUGUAACUGUAGCAGAGGCCUUGGAUCGGGUUUUGGAAAUCUUACGGACAACAGAACUUUACUCUCCUCAAUUACGUACCAAAGAUGAAGAUCCUCAUACUAGCGAUCUUGUUGGAGGUCUGAUGACUGAUGGCUUGAGAAGGCUGUCAGGAAAUGAGUAUGUGUUUUCUAAAAAUACUACAAACCAGAGCCAUGGUCAUCUUUCUGUGCCAGUUACUAUCAAUGAUGUUCCACCCUGUAUUGCACACUUACUGGAUAAUGAAGAGAGCUGGGAUUUCAAUAUCUUUGAACUGGAAGCUGUUACAAAUAAAAGGCCAUUGGUUUACCUGGGUCUGAAAAUUUUUGCCCGGUUUGGCGUCUGUGAAUUUUUAAACUGUUCAGAAGCCACACUGCGCGCCUGGUUCCAGGUGAUUGAAGCCAACUAUCACUCCUCCAAUUCUUAUCAUAACUCCACUCAUGCAGCUGAUGUCCUGCAUGCUACAGCAUUCUUUCUGGGGAAAGAGAGAGUUAAGGCGAGCCUUGAUCAUUUAGAUGAAGUGGCUGCAUUAAUAGCUGCAACAGUGCAUGAUGUGGAUCACCCGGGACGGACCAACUCUUUCCUGUGCAAUGCUGGCAGUGAGCUCGCAGUUCUCUACAAUGACACUGCUGUACUGGAAAGCCAUCACACAGCGCUGGCGUUCCAGCUUACAGUAAAAGACAACAAGUGCAACAUUUUCAAAAAUCUCAACAGAAAUCAUUAUCGAACUCUUCGUCAGGCAAUUAUUGACAUGGUUUUGGCAACAGAAAUGACAAAGCACUUUGAGCAUGUGAACAAGUUUGUGAACAGCAUCACCAAGCCCAUGGCCUCAGAGGAAACCAACUCCAAUAAUGAGGGUAACAACUGUGAAUGUACAACCAAUCUCAAGACCUUUCCUGAUAACCAGACACUGAUUAAGCGCAUGAUGAUUAAAUGUGCAGAUGUUGCAAAUCCAUGUCGCCCUAUAGAACUGUGUAUUGAAUGGGCUGGGAGGAUUUCAGAAGAAUAUUUUGCACAGACUGAUGAAGAAAAGAGACAGGGUCUGCCAGUUGUUAUGCCAGUAUUUGAUCGAAAUACCUGCAGCAUCCCCAAGUCUCAGAUAUCCUUUAUUGAUUACUUCAUAAUGGACAUGUUUGAUGCUUGGGAUGCAUUUGCACAUCUACCUGUUCUGAUGCAACACUUGGCAAAUAACUACAAACACUGGAAAGCAUUAGAUGAGUUGAAGUGUAGGAGCCUCCGGCUUCCUUCAGAGAAUAAUAAUGGAAGCUGAAACAUGGAAC